GCAUCAUUGGUAAAAAAAAAAGUCAGAAUCCAGACGAUAGUGAAAAGACAGUAAUAAUAAUAAAACGACGUAAUUAUGCAUAAUGAAGUAUGAGAUGCAUUUUCCUUGGAUCGAAGCUGCCCAUUCACACGCGGGAUAUAUUGUUAUUACUUUGCUCGGGCUGUUGUUAAGAAAUGUUUCUAUUCAUGUACCUCGUGCGUGCAGCUGUUCUUUUCAAAGUGUAUUGUGCAUGUUGUUAUUUUUUCUUUUCCCGCUCUCUCUCUCUCUCUCUCUCUCUCGUGUUAAUAGCGAAGAACAAGGGACGCGAGAGAUAACGCAAAUCGUGGAUUAUCAGCAAGGAGAGUGUUGUUGUUACCAGCCUUUAACUCCAAGGCAGUGCAUCACACAAGGCAGCACUAGCUAGAAAGAAAAAGAGGCGGCUAUGCUGAUUAAGUCAAGAAGUACAAGAGACGAGACUGAGAGUCCAUAACCAUGUGAAAACGAGUUAAAAAGAUU